AUGUACCAACGGUUAUGGUUCUCAGCUCCGCCUACUUCCCCUGAUUGUAUGGUGGUUGGAUUUAUUCAUGGAACGGUUGAGAUCCAUUAUGUAUCCGGAGAACCAAUUUGGCAUAGCUAUGAGGUAAGGCCACUUUAUGAAUUUUCCCCUGUCUGUUUUCCAACAUACCAUGAUGGCGAUCUUUAUCACUUGUAUGAGAUGGAACUAAGGGUUUUCAAACAUUUGGGUGAAAAUAAUAUCUCUUCUGAAGUUUUAAUAGCCGAAGCCCCAAGAAGUUGUUGCAGAUCUUCGGCACAAUAUUUUUUGGUGAAAUGUGACCAGCAUCUUUUACUUCUUGUGAUGGGCGGGUUUGGCGAACCCAUGGAGGUAUUCAAGUUGAAUGAUUCUAGAAGAGAAUGGGAUAAAGUAAAUGGUGUAGGAAAGCACAUGAUUUAUAUCUGUGAUGCAACAUGUAUCUGCAUUGAAGCUAAAUUACCAGAAAUGGAGAACAAGAUCUACUUGGCCCAAUCGAGUUCUAGAAACAAGAAGAUGGUGUUUUAUUCGCUCGAAACAAGCACUUAUCACACGUUUGAUGGUAAAAACAUCCAAGAGAAUUUAGCGGAUGUUUUUGUGACUGCGCAUCUUUCCGCUCAUGCUUGGAUUGAACCAAGUUGGUUGAAGAGCCCAUGA